AUGCUUCCUCGAUUCACCGUACUAUGGGCCAUUGGCUUGACCAUUAUUGACAUGGUCGCGGGUAGCCAUUUGGCUACACCUACCAAGCCCGAUGACGCCUUUGUCCCGCGUUUUUCUCCCUUCAUCCAUGAACAUCCUCCCACCAGAGUAGUGGUCCGAGACGAGCUUGAUACGCGCCAAAAUCCAACAGUGCCGCCUGUUUGGGGGAAUCCUCGCGAGCCUCCACCACAACGCCCACCAAGAUUAGAGCCUAAUGCUGAAGUGGAUGCUGUAUCCAAACGUCAGGAACGGCUUAGCUCAAUUUCUCGAGCGGGUCAUAACCAUCCAUCAGGGACGGAAGGCUCUCCGGCAAAGAGAUCCUUUGGCCUUCAAAAGAGACGCUGCCUGACUCUUCAGCCGAUACCUCCAGACUGCGAUGAGGUGACGAAAGGUGAAGAUUCCAACGGUCAUCUCCAUUAGUUAUCAAGCAUACGUCCCGGAGCGAAGUUGUGCCUUCGAAACGCGAGACACAAAGCUCGAAUUCGAGAAAAAUAAGAGUUUGAGUGGCGUUUGCAAUCCUGCGAAGAAUUGAUAGCGCUGAGAAACUCCUCCUAUUUAUGGGAUGUCGAUGUGGAUGUUUGAUUGAAACUAUGCCUUUUGAUGGUUGAACGAUCAUGUAUGAUGUGUCUGGAAAUUUGGUCAAUAUGGGAACAAAUUGUGAUGAAAUGGACCUCCGUUGAGGAUAUAGAUAUAGCGCUAUAUCAUAUCUUCAUAGUCGAAUCGUAGUGAUAACGAGGAAUGAAUAUCUUCCGAGCCUUUUGCAGUGACCGGAAUUCCUGGGCGGGUUCUGGUCUUUGCAACAACCCCCAUGGUCACCAUUCACCGUCUAAUUGAUUGCUGAUAUUGGAUACAAUCCUUUCGCCAAUUAGAGGUGCGUAAAUGCGUUUUCUUUCCUCAGGGGGCAGACCGACAAAUCUUGAUAGAGUAGCACAAGGAGAUGCUGCAAUAUCCGCGGGAGGAGCAUCCUCCUCAAACUUAGCAAGUGAAGUGACGGGCCAUGUGAGCACAGCUUGUGCAGCGAACAAGUUUAGACCGGCAUUAUAUAAGAAGAUUUCCCAUACAGUUGCAUCUUCCGAGGGAAUCUUUGCAUGAGCAUGCCCAUCCAAGCUUGGACGCGCCCCGCUCCAGGGUACUGGCAUGGCAUGCUUCUUCGCGAGAUUUAUAAUCCAUUGUGUC